UAUCUGUAUUCAGGUGUGUUCAGCCUGUGUGACCAUAUCAGGAACCCGGAACCUGCGCACCUGUGUGGUGACGUCAUAUGCCGAAAGUACCUGUAGCAACUCGCCCAGCUGAAAGACUCAGUCAACUACUUUCGGGAGAGGAAGGCGGUCCGACAACAAUUCUCCGAGGGAUAUAUUUACAACUAAAUUCUUUUCAUCGUUCAUUUUUGACACUUUCUUUUUGUGACAAACGUUAAAAAGAGGAUCCAGACAGAUGGGGGCCGCUUGGUUCGCGGUUUUGGGCGUUUUAAUCGUCGUUUUCCAGGUUUCAACCAUAGCGACUGCUAAUGAGUCAACGUGUGUACCUGGAUUUCAGUCAGACGUGUUGAUUUUCAAAGUGUAUAAGAAGAUCCUGACGCAGGGCACAAGGAUCGGCAAAGCUGACUUCACUGACUGCACAGACCGCGCAAGAUUCGUUUUCAGUAGUGAUGAUGGACGUUUCGUGGUACAGUCAGAUCAAACGCUAAAAGUAAAGAGACAGGUUGUUCUCCAUGAAGGGCAUAGAGACUUCUUCAUCCACUCCUGGGACUCACAAGGUCGCAAAAUGACUGUUCCUGUCAGGGUAUUAUACGAUGGGCAUCACAUGGACCACCCCCAAGAGGUUGAACAUCAACAUGGGGACCACACACGUCACAACCAUCAGCACCACCUUACUGAAACAGGCUCUGCUAGUAACACAGAGGUACCCAUUCUGUAUUUCCCGAAGUCUGGUGAAGGACUAAGGAGGAGAAAGAGAGACUGGGUUAUUCCUCCAAUCUCUGUUUCUGAGAAUGCCGGAGGACCCUAUCCUUUAUAUGUGUCUCAGAUCCGUUCUAGUGAAGAUGCAAAAAAGAAGAUCUUUUACAGCAUCACUGGCCCAGGAGCUGAUGAGACUCCUAUUGGUCUUUUCACUAUGGACAGAAUCAGUGGUGUUCUGUAUCUCACACAACCACUUGACAGAGAGACACAGACGAACUACAUGUUAAAAGCGCAUGCUGUGGCAGAAGGUUCGGGAACAGCUGAGGACCCUAUGGAUAUUAUAGUCAACGUAAUUGACCAGAAUGAUAACAAGCCUACUUUCACUCAAGAGACCUUCACUGGAGCAGUUGCUGAGGCCUCGCCAAUUGGUUUUGAGGUAUUACAGGCUCUGGCCAUAGAUCUUGAUGAGCCAAAUAAUGCCAACUCAGACAUUCGCUACAUUAUUUUGGACCAGGAGCCAAAGCAGCCUGCUGACAACCUGUUUGCGAUCAACCCAUUAACUGGAGUCAUAAGAGUCAAUGCUGGUGGCCUGGACAGAGAGAAAUACCCACAAUACACUCUAAGGAUCCAAGCAGCAGAUAUGAAGGGAGAUGGCUUAAUUGGACUAACAAAAGUAAUCCUGGAUGUCACUGAUAGCAACGACAAUGCUCCAACCUUCACUCAGUCCUCUUAUGAGGCAACAGUUGAAGAAAAUAAAGUGGACACCUUGGUUGUGAAAUUAUCUGUAGACGAUAAAGAUGAGCCAAAUACCCCAGCCUGGAAAGCCAAGUUCACGAUUGUUAGUGGUGAUCCUAAAGGUUUUUUCACUGUGAAAACAGGAAGUGAAGGACGUGAAGGAAUCAUUACUACUGCCAAGGGUCUUGACUUUGAGACGACCAGCAAGUACACUCUGUUAGUUGCAGUGGAAAAUGAGGUUCCUUUUGCUACUCCACUGCCCACUUCCACUGCCACAGUGGUGGUGAAUGUGCAGGAUGUCAAUGAAGCUCCAGUAUUUAAUCCGCCAGAGAAGCUUGUGGCAAAACGGGAAGACCUUGCUGUCGACAGUGAGGUGGCGGUUUACACUGCUUCUGACCCAGACACCGCCCGAAAACAGAAAGUCAUGUAUAAAAUAAUUAGUGACCCUGCAGGCUGGCUGAAGGUGGCAAAUAAUACAGGGCUGAUUACGGUGAAAAGUUCAAUGGACAGAGAGUCCAUCUUUGUCAAGGGUGACAAAUACACAGCAUUCAUUGGUGCAUAUGAUAAUGAUGACAUCCCAGCCACAGGAACUGGUACUCUGAUCAUUCAGCUUCAAGAUGUUAAUGACAAUGCACCCACCAUUCAGGAACGUUUCUUCAAGGUUUGUAACAAGAAUCCAGCUCCUCAGCUGCUGACGGUCACCGAUAAAGAUGGAUCUGACUUUGCUUCUCCAUACAGUGUCAGUGUUCAGCACGCGUCAAGGUCAAAUUGGACUGCAAGGAUGAAUGAGUCAAAAACGGGCAUUGUCCUGAAUUUAAUAACUGAGCUGCCCAUUGGAGAGUACACUGUGGGCCUGGAUGUUGCAGACAUUGGGGGCUUGUCACAGGCCUCCACCAUCCUGGCCACAGUUUGUGACUGCACUGGAGAAGAAGUUGUCUGCAAAGGACGUAUUGCAGGUGGCAUUGAACUGCCUGCCAUCCUGGGAAUACUUGCUGGAAUCAUGUUGCUGCUUAUGCUGGUGCUGCUGUUGCUGUUGUUUGCAAGACGGAGGAGAGGAGAGAAGAAGGAGCCUCUUCUGAAGGAAGAUGACAUCAGAGACAACAUCUAUUACUAUGAUGAAGAGGGUGGUGGAGAGGACGAUCAGGACUAUGAUCUGAGUGUUCUCCACCGUGGUCUGGAUAACCGGCCCGAAGUGUUCAGGAAUGAUGUUGUGCCAAAUUUCAUGCCAGCUCCUCAGUACCGGCCUCGCCCUGCUAAUCCGGAGGAGAUUGGCAACUUCAUUGAUGAUAACCUGAAGACAGCAGACAAUGACCCCACAGCGCCGCCCUAUGACUCUCUGCUGGUGUUCGACUAUGAGGGUGCUGGCUCUAAUGCAGGAAGCCUUUCCUCUCUGAACUCAUCAAGCAGUGGAGACCAAGACUAUGACUGUCUCAGUGAAUGGGGCCCUCGCUUCAAGAAACUGGCUGACAUGUACGGAGGAGGAGAAGAUGACAUGUUGUAAAUUUACCUAAAAAAAAAUCCUGUUAAUUUUGCUGUGGAUUGAGGUUUGUCUUUUCAGUGCCGUCUUAUUAGCUGCCGAUGACCACUGCUUGGAAGCCAAAGGAUGCGCUUGUUUGGUUUUUUUAUACAUGAGUUCCCUAUUUUGAAUUAUUUUGAAUAGUUAAUUGUUGUGUGCCUGUAAUUUUACAUUCCUGUUUGACUUAAAGAAUAGAGACUAAAAAUUCUUUGUUUUUCUGGCUGCAGUGCUCUAGUUCUGUGUUUUAGCUUCUAAUGCUGGACACACACAGACCUGCAAAUGCACUGCUAACAUUUUUGUAAUAUCGUCAAAGUAUGAUACUUUAUUUUUUAUUUGUUUUACGGUGUUUGUACUAUUGUUUUGCAUUUCUGUUUAUGAUAAAUUAGUAAUAAUCAAGCUGAAAUCCACAAAGUAUGCCAAUGUCACAUCACCCUCUGGUGCAUUAAUAAAUUCUUUUUUUUUUCCUUUUUUUUAACUGUUGGAUAUGUUAAGGUUAUGUCUUUAUUACUCUGCAAUAUAAUAGUUAAUAGUUAUUUUCAGAGGUAUUUCAUCACAAAUGACUGUUGUAUUAGAUCUUUUUUUAUAAAUUUAUCUUAAUACAA